CCCGCGCUCCCGGCCGCCGGCGAGCAGGACUGCUGCGGGGAGCGCGUGGUCAUCAACAUCUCGGGGCUGCGCUUCGAGACGCAGCUCAAGACCCUCUGCCAGUUCCCCGAGACGCUGCUGGGCGACCCCAAGCGGCGCAUGCGGUACUUCGACCCGCUCCGCAACGAGUACUUCUUCGACCGCAACCGGCCCAGCUUCGACGCCAUCCUCUACUACUACCAGUCCGGGGGCCGCAUCCGCCGGCCGGUCAACGUGCCCAUCGACAUCUUCUCGGAGGAGAUCCGCUUCUACCAGCUGGGCGAGGAGGCCAUGGAGAAGUUCCGCGAGGACGAGGGCUUCCUGCGCGAGGAGGAGCGGCCCCUGCCCCGCCGCGACUUCCAGCGCCAGGUCUGGCUGCUGUUCGAGUACCCCGAGAGCUCCGGGCCGGCGCGGGGCAUCGCCAUCGUGUCCGUGCUGGUCAUCCUCAUCUCCAUCGUCAUCUUCUGCCUGGAGACGCUGCCCGAGUUCCGCGACGAGAAGGACUACCCAGCCGCGCCGUCGCAGGACGCCUUCGAGGCGGCCAGCAACAGCACGUCGGGGGCCCCCGGGGGCGCCUCCAGCUUCUCGGAUCCCUUCUUCGUGGUGGAGACCCUGUGCAUCAUCUGGUUCUCUUUUGAGCUGCUGGUGCGUUUCUUCGCUUGCCCCAGCAAAGCCACCUUCUCACGAAAUAUCAUGAACCUGAUAGACAUUGUGGCCAUUAUCCCUUAUUUUAUCACUCUGGGCACGGAGCUGGCUGAGCGACAGGGCAACGGACAACAGGCCAUGUCCCUGGCCAUCCUGAGGGUCAUCCGCCUGGUGAGGGUCUUCCGUAUCUUCAAGCUCUCCCGUCACUCCAAGGGGCUGCAGAUCUUGGGGCAGACGCUGAAGGCUUCCAUGCGGGAAUUGGGCUUGCUCAUCUUUUUCCUCUUUAUUGGGGUCAUCCUUUUCUCCAGCGCCGUCUACUUUGCCGAGGCAGACGACCCCACUUCGGGUUUUAGCAGCAUCCCGGAUGCCUUCUGGUGGGCAGUGGUAACCAUGACAACAGUUGGCUACGGUGAUAUGCACCCGGUGACCAUUGGGGGCAAGAUUGUGGGCUCUCUUUGUGCCAUCGCGGGUGUCUUGACCAUUGCAUUGCCGGUUCCUGUGAUUGUUUCUAACUUCAAUUACUUCUACCACCGGGAGACCGAGGGGGAAGAGCAAGCCCAGUACAUGCACGUGGGAAGUUGCCAGCACCUCUCCUCCUCAGCAGAGGAGCUCCGAAAAGCACGGAGUAACUCGACUCUGAGUAAGUCGGAGUACAUGGUGAUAGAAGAGGGGGGCAUGAAUCACAGCGCUUUCCCCCAGACCCCUUUCAAAACGGGCAACUCCACUGCCACCUGCACCACGAACAAUAAUCCCAAUUCCUGUGUCAACAUCAAGAAGGUAUUCACCGAUGUUUAAUAUGUAAUACCAGUGACAUACUGUGCGCAGUAUUGUGUGAAAUGUGCCCCCCGGUCUGUGUAUGCCCUUAUUUUAUAUAUUUCCAGACCACUCGUUGAGGAAAGGACGUGAAGAAGUGGGAAGCACAUUUCAUUCUCCUUCUCCCUAGUGCUUCAUAAUGAAACAGGUGCCUGUUUUGCAAGUGGGCUGCAUUCUCUCAGCUCUCCUUUUAUUUUUCCCGUCUUAAUUUUGUGAACAAAAAACUUAGGCUAAACUUGAUUUCUAGCACACGCCCUAUUUAAAAAAAAAAAAAAAAAAGUACAUCCUGGGAGGAAGUGAAACUGCAGAACAGUUAGACUUCAGAGUAACUGUUUAACCUCAAAAUUAAAAGGUAGUUGUUCUUUACUAAGUAAAGCGAGUGAACACUUACAUGAUUCUUUAGGACACUAACAUUACUUUAUGGAUUGUUUAGUUCAAUUGCCUGCUCUCGAUAUGUGGAUGGAAAGUCAACUAAAAGAAUGACAUAAACCCACUAUAAGUUUACUUGGUUUUUGACUGGAGCUUCUGUUUCAAUCCUCCUCUUCCGGGAUCUUAAGGGUCUCAACAGCUUUGAACAAAGGGAAAUACCCACAACAUCUUGAUCUGACUAAUUAACAAUUCGGGACUUACUAAGUAUUUUACAAGUAUUAGACUAAAAGAUUCCAGUCAAGUUCUGUGCAUAUGUCCCAGCUAACGUCUGUCAAAGUCUAGAAACAGAUGUUUUCAGUGCUGCUGAGAGAAACAAAAAAAACUUCCUAAUGCAUCUGAGAUAAGCUUCUGCAGUAUCACAAGAAGAUUAAAGUGGCAGACACCCCUUCCAGCGGAAGUUACUAAUUCGGACCUGACUGAUGCAGUUCCCAUAGCAACCCACGUUUCCUGGGAAACCCGAAAAAGGUUGUCAUGGCAUCUCUUGCUCCCUGGCCCCACCCCCAGCCCUUGCUGUUUCCACAGUAACUUUCCAGAUGGUUCCUACUUACGGGAUUUCAUAAGGAAAACUACUAUUUGAAUAAACCGCACAAAUAAAGUUAAGUGUGAGAAUCUAAGGAGGUGAAAGGAGUUGCAAAAUGCAUUUUUUCCUAUGAACACCACAGAUGCUAUCCCAUAAUGGCUGAAUUGACAAGGAAAAUACCAUCUUUGGAAUGUUACAUGUAAACCACAAUAAAGCAUGAUAUAAAUUAAAUGCCAGCUGUUAGGCAAUAAUUUUCAAAAAUGCUCUCUACAGUUUUCUUUCUCCAAGAAGUGAUAAGUCAACAAAAGCCAAUGUAAAAGUGUCCUGUACAUAAGCAAAUGAGAAACUCAGUGUACCUGAAAUCUUACUAGAAGGGACCUUCAGACUUCCUUGUGAAAACAAAAUACAGCUCCUGCAAAAAGACUGUCACUGUUACAGCACUCGAAAAGCAAAAUAACUAUAUAAAGAAUGCUCAUUUUUAACUGAGGGGAUUACAGUCAAUGAAAAGGAGAAUCAGGAAGUAACCAGAUCUUGAAGGAACACCUGCAAGUUUCAGCUAUAUACUAAGGGUUGCCAGCGGACAGACAAAAUCAGGUCCUUGAAGAGCCCCACCUGAGUAGUAUAGCCACCCUAACCAGUAAGAUGCUAAGUUUUCAUUUGCCUGGACCAAGAACGCAGUACCGGUUUUUGCAUCACUGUUGAGCGGGAAUCUGUCUGCCAGCAUAUAUUUUUAUUUCAGUUUACAUUAAAUAAUUAUUUAUAUUAAGAAAACAGCUUGAAGCUGAAGGAUUCUCCUCAUCCUGUGUGCAGCGUGAAAGAUAUUGAUCAAGAGACAAAGAAUGUUAAAAAUAUUAAGGUAUUUCAAUCCUUUGACAUUUUAAUAAAAUCUAAUCAUGCAAGAACUAUAAUCAGUGUUGGAGAUAAAGCAAGCCUAGAUGUUUGUUACUAAUAAGCCAACUAUCACUGUCUUGUUUUUUAAAUUAAUUACUGGACUGUAUUUAAUGAUGAGACAUACUCAUGUCAUACGCAGUGUUCUGCUUAUGUGAAACUUUACUUUAGAAGGUAUGUUCUGUACCAAAGGCCCCCACACAUAGUUUAGCCCACUUACACAUAAAUAAGUAAGGUCGACACUGUGCCCAGAAUAAUGGUAUUAAAGAUAGACUUGCCUAAAAGAAAUGUGCCUUGCUUGAUUAAACAUUCUUUUAUUUUUUAAUUUAAAAUAUUUACUAAUUAGUCUAUAGGUAGGUUUUAGCUUACCUUAACUUUACAAAAUAUAUUAGUACUUACUAUGUCAUCUAUCUUAACUAAAAUUUUGACAUUUAGUUGUACUUUUAAACAGUUCAUAUAUAGUAAUUCAAUUUUAUUUUCAUGGGAUGUUUGAUGUGGUGAGACAAAGCACAUUCUUAAAGAUAUAUAUACUAUAUCAGCUAACGUUUAUAGCUUUUCCUUCAAGAUUAUAUGUGUAAAAGAUCCCUUGACUCAUUUUCUAUUUUUAUAUUCUUUUAGAAAUGGAACUCUUUUUCAAUUAAAAAAGCAAAAUUUUAAUUGGAAAAGAUACUUAGGGGGUCAUGAAGAUGGUUUCCCAUUUGGGGACAUUUCACUUCUGUGCCAUUAUUAAUGUAUUUACUGUGACAUUUCAGCAGAAUGGUAGCUAUUUGUAUAUUAUUUCAUAAGCCUUAUUGAAAGUCAAACUGUGAACAUAUAGUAUAUAAAAGAUCUUUUUCAUUUCUGUAUUUAAUUUUCAAAAUAUACCUGAACAAAUGCAAUGUCCUAUCGUUUAAAUGAAUAACAAUGCUAAAUUAUAAUUAGAGUGCUUGUGUAAUUUUCAUUACUAUAAAAUAUUUCAGGUGCAAAGCCAAGAUUAUAUACUUUUUGAUGCCUUUAGAAGGAAAUACAGGUGAUAAAUUUCAUUAAUGUAUAGGAAUCAUUAACUAAACAGUUAUUCACCUAAUGGCAGCAAAACACAUGAAUAGGAGAUCCAGGUAACUUUCUUUGAGGCAAUGUCUACAAUAAUUAUUUCAUAACCUUCUUCUAAUUUCUUAUGGUCAAAAUUUGCAGACCAGAUCACUAUAGGAAAAAGUGAAAUAAAGCAAUGAGAACUAUCUCAGAUUUCAGCUAUAUGAAUCUCCAAUGGAGAUGAUUUAUAGUUAAAGUGAAAAUAUAGCCACCAUUUUGUUUUUAUUCUGUGUUAGCCCAUGUGGUAGAGAUACUGGCCCAGGGAAUAGUCAGUUCAUUGUCGCCAAGUUAAUCCUUAUAACUGGUGAUCAUAGCUUGGAAUGAUUGAAACAAACCGAUUAACUGUGCUAUAGGAGUUCUUAGACAUGCAGACAUAUUAGAAAGGAUCAAUAGGCACAAAAACUAUCCUCAUAAAGCACCAGUGACACCAUUUUAAUCAUUAUAGUAUAUUUGUAUCAUAUCUGCAUUGUUACUAGAGGCCACAGUUUCAAACAAAUACCAAACCUGGACUCUCACAAGGAAGUCACAGAAUUGUAUCAGAUAAGAAAGCAAAUACAUUCACAGAAUGGGUAGUGAACAUAAUACUCAACUAGGUAAUAGAAUACCAGAAUUCUUACUUACUUCCUAUCUGUGGGACCCUAGGUAAGUCAAUUACCAUAGGUAGGCUCCAGUUUUUUCAGUUGCAAAACGGAUGUGCUGAGUUGAAUAAUCUCCAAGCCCUUUUAAGCCCCAAACUUAUUAUAUUCACUUCCUGAAAAAUACCUUGAAGGAUACUUACACACUCAGAUUUUCUGAUGCAUUUCUAAACAAAACAAUACAUUGAAAUAACAUUUAAGCCUGGAAAGUGUCAUAAAUUUAUCAUUCUUCAAAUUGGUUGUCAAAAGAGGAAAGAUUUUUUCUCCUCUAAGAAUUUUCCCUUAUCUGCAACGGGGUCAUGAAAAAAUAGAAAAAUCACUGCAGAAGGAAAGUAGAUUAAUGGAAUCACUAGAAAUAAAAGAAUAUUUGGUAAGUUUAGUUAGGUGUUAAAGUGGUUAGCCAGUUACAUGCCAGAAUUUUAUUGCACACUCAACAUUGUAAGCCUGGAAGUAGGGAAGGUAAGAAAAGGUUAAGCAAUACAAGUGUUUGCCUUAUCAUCUCUUGAUGCUUUUUACACAAGAGAGCUUAAGCCGGUGUCUAUAAUGUGGUGCUGGCUCUGCCAAUAAAGUUCAUGUCCCCCAGGAAAGUCCCCUUAACUUCUGAGAGCCUCAGUUGCAUUACCUGAAAAGUGGAAAAUUUAAAUUCAGCAAUCAGUUUCUUUCCAUUUUCAAAAAUUCUAUGACAUUUUCAAAAUAUAUGGGUAUAUGUGCCAGUUGUCCCCUGCCCCGGCUACUAACAUAUCACAUAUUUCUACUCAAGGGACUGAAUAGAUUAAAAAUUGAAAUGGUUGUAUUUCUACUAUUACUAAUUGGCCUUAGCAAGACAUAAAAAUGUCAGAUCUUAUUUUCAUCCGACUGUGGCUUAACUAUUAUGAUUUAUCGUUUCAUCUUUAAAAUAGUUAUUUACACAAAAUGUCUUUUCAAAUUAUUCUUCUCUUCAAAUUCUUGUGGUUUCAAAACCUCUCAACAAACAAGAAUGAAAUAUAUUUUGCUUGCCAGUGAACCGCAGCUGGUUGUAAAGUAUAUUUUUGUCACAUUUAAGUCAAAUGCCCUUUUGGAGCCAGAAGCAAUGACUAGUAAAUUAAUAGUCAUAAAAUUUUAUGAAUUUUUUAAUAAAAAGGAGGCCAGGUAGAGCCAUAUUGUAAUUAAUUUUGCUCAGGAGUGAGAAAUAAAAUUCAGGGAUAGCCCAAACACUUUUAUUGGGCAUUAGUGGACAGUUGAGAAAAAAAAGGUUACAGCUUUUGCACAACAAGGGUAAUAGGAACCUAUACUAAUUGAAAAACAGGAGUCUAUUCUGGUUACUGGUUGUGUGAUAAAAAGAGACUAGGUGAGAUGAAUGCUAGAAUCUGGACACUAGAGAAAUUAUUAAAAUGAUAGCAGUCCAUUUGAAUGAUACAGAAAUAUUUUGUCAUACUGAAAUGAUUCAUCUGGAGAUUCGGUAUUAUAUUCCUUUCAUCCAGAAAAGGGGGCAAUUUUUAAAGGCCUCCAUCAUAAUAAAAACGUAUAUUUUCACAAAUGGAGCAAUUAAUUGAACAUUUAAUCUAAUCUUUUGGUUUUAUGAAUCUGAAUUUUCAGGUUUAGCUGUGGUUGAGUCUCUCAUAUAUUAGUGUUAGUGAUCUUUGUGAGAAGUGAUUUCGUCCUUUUUUGUAAACUUUAUGAACUUUGCUAAGUGGUGACUCUAACAUAUUGUAAUAAUACUGUAUCUUACACUCAUUUGUGAACUUAUCAUACCAAACAAACCAUAGUAGUAUCUCUUCUGAUAAAUUUUCUCUGGUGUGAUCUCUUAAUGCUGGGUUUGGGAGUGGGGGAGGUUAAGUAUUUAGUUUACGUAAAGUUGUCAAAAUGUUUUCCUUAAAUGCCAUACAGUUGUAUACCUAUAAACCAAAUAAGAAUAUCUUAUUUUUUCCCAAUUUUAAGGGCACUGUAUAGACCAUUUUUAACUACUCCAUAAAAUGGUAUCAUUUAUGUUUAAAAGAGCCUAGACAUAUUUAUGUAUAUACACAAGGGAAAGCAAACAGUGUAUGUAGUAUUUCUGUGUAAUGUACUAAGUGUCAUAAGAAUCUCUUCUUGAAUUUUAUAGAUGUUAAUUACACAGAGAUUAGAAUAGUAGAUUCACCAUCUCAAGUUUGUUAGACAUUUAUUCAUUGACAUAUGUGAUACUGUGCAAACAUCAUUCACAUAUUCUACUUAAACCCUACAACUUCCACAUGAAGUACUAAUACCACCCAAAAUUUAGAGAUUGAACAACCAAAGUGUAGAAAGGUCAGAUGACUUGUCCAAGAACAUUCAUCAGUACGUGGCUCUAAAUCUCAUUUCUUUAUACUACUCAUCCUCUGUCAUUUGAUCUUUAUCCUGUCAUUGCUAUUAUAUUUAAAACUGUGACUAGAAUUCUAUUUUAAAAGAUACAUUGCAGAAUUUCAGGUUUUAGUGAAAAGGCAUUGCUGCUGCUAUCGUCAGACAUUUUUAGAUACUUCCUAACUGUAGUCCUUCCACAGGGUGAUAUCUAAGCCUUUUCCACUUAGAACAUGUUAAGUCCACACACACUGACUUAAGACACCAGAUUUAUUUAAUGCCAAAAUGCUAGACUGAAAAACAGUCACUGGCUUUUCUCAUUGCCUUCCAGAAGCAACCCAGUAAGUUGCAGAUAAUGAUUCAGAGACAGACAAAAAAACGAAAUCCAUCAUAGUAACCACCUUUCAGCCUCUUUUGUUUUUUAUUACAUGUAUGCUGUGACUGAGGGAGGACAGGAAAGGGGCGGUGUGGAUAAAUGUAUUAUUUCCUGUAUAAAUAUAUUGUUUCCUGUAACCAUGCAAAAAGAAUUGGUCAUCAAAGGUCAGAUAGCAGUAUCAACUUUUAGAUGUAGUUAAAACAUUUGGCAACUUUUCCACAUAUUUAAAAAUGCACUCAAGGAUUGUCCCAGAUACAAUUAAAAUCUGAUGACUGCUCAGUUUAAAUAUCAAGAAUUUUCGUGUGCCAAUCCAUGACAAGAAUUCUUUUCAUUCUUUCACAAACAACAACUCGACACUGUUACUGCUUGCUCUUAUAAGUCACACAGUCUGUGAAACAUUCUGUACUUUUGCUGACUAGUAAUGUAAUGUUACUGUGAAUAUUUAAAUGAAAUAUGUUCUUGUGAUAUCAGAAUUUAAAAUUUUCUCACCUUUCAUUUAGUUCUCCUCAUCAAAUAAAUAAAAGUAUUAUUUUGUAUGGAAUGAGUAGUCAUUAUUAAUAACAAAUAAUGGAACUCUGACUACAACAUAAAAUUGAAAAUACAUUUUAUAUUUUUUAUAAAUUCAUUUUGUUUUGACGUUAAUUUUUCACAUAUCAGUGUAAAGUUAAACUCUUAUCCCAUGCUCUCUACUGUUCUUAUCAUAAUCAUUUUGAACCUUUCAUUAAGUAAUUUCAGGAAAUACCUAUGAGUUUUGAUUUUGUGGCGAUUUCAUCUGAUCCCUUUUUUAAUUUGUCAUUGGAUUUAAUGUGUUUUGUUUGCAAAUGUUACAUACAAAAUUCAAUAAAAGGCAAAAACUA